AUAUUCGCGGACAUGUUCGCCCUGCCACCGUCAGAUUCGAACGAAUCCUACGAGAGACGACCGUGCAUCCAGAUGCCAGAUAGUGCCGAAGAUCUGGAGGCAGUCUUGAGGUUAUUAUACUAUGAGACGACGCUGUCACUCGAACGCCUCGACCCCAAGACGCCGUCAAUAGUAGACCCAAUACUAUCAAUAGCGACUAAAUACGAGAUACGCGUCCUGAGGGAGCCAAUAAUCAAACAACUGACUGAAGACUGGCCCACGACCCUGAAGGCUUGGGAUGUAUUGGAGAAGGAGAUCGCAGUCAUGCUGAAAGCCGCGUACGACGAUCCGGUGGUCUUCAUUAUGGAUGACCACCUUCCCGAACCCGUCUCGGCCAUUCGACUGGCCUACAAGUGCGGGGUGCCCACCAUUCUUCCUGCUGCAUUUUACCACCUUUCCCGUCUGCCUAUGCGAUGGGACCGGACGGAACUGAAGACAAUCGGUUGA